AGAAAAGGCUGUCCUUUGGAUGGGCUGCUUGGGGGGGGACUAUGAAUAUGCUGAGCUUUUAAAAAGAGAGAUGAAAAUGGCCUACCUGCUCAAAUAUUUUUGAUAAAGAAGUUACUACCUAGUGAUUAAAAAAAAACCCCACACACAAAAAACCAGCAGCAAAUGGGCAUCUGUUCAUCAUGACUCAUAACUUAAAAAAGAAAACCACAUCGUUGCAGCAGAGUUACAUGCACUGUGUUUAUUUUGGGAAUUUUUCCUACUGAUCCAUCUCUUAAAAUCCAAGCUAGUUACAGAAGCAAAGCUGGGAUUACUCUUUAGAUUUAGUCUUUGUUUUGUACGAGACGGGAGUCCUGGUCCUGCAGGCAGUGGUUAUUCGGGUGAACUCGAGAUGUUUUCUUUGGUUUUGAGGUUAAUUUUCUUUGUAUGGAAUCUCUGUCUGCACAAAUCCACUGUUUUUUAGUUGGAGAUCCAUCUUGGGUAGCUCUUUAGCAGGUCAUCAGGAUGGUGGCCAGAGAUCUGUAAGACAUUAUUGUCAGCUGUAAUUAUUACGUUCACUUUGUUUCAUACCCGUGAAAACAGCUUUUCUGUUCUAGUGCGAGCACUAGGUUAUAGAAGCUGCAGAGCAAGUACCUUGUACUACCGACAACAGCUAGAAAAGAGAAACUUUUCAGUGCCUGUAUCUGUCUUUAAAAAGUUGAAUGAGGCAGAUCUCAUUUUCCUGCACAUCACUGACGAGUAGUGGGACUGCAUUAAUGAUCUGAAAGGAAUUAGAUCUUUGAAUCAGAAAGAAGUUAAAAUACUGCUGUAAUACAAUUGAUAAAAGAUAACUAGGACUAAUUUUUAAGUGCAUCCCUACCAAUAUAAUCCUUCCCUGAGUGCUGAUCCUGUCUACCAUUUAAAUGGUUUAGUCUGAAUGUAAUAAUAAUUCAUCACAUUGAAAAUUAAUUAACUUGACAGCAUUGUUUUAUUUUCUUGCUUAAGCAGCAGCUGUCACUAUCUGUUAAAUUUAGAAUUACUAGAUAAUGCUAAAGCUGUUCUACAAAAUAUAAAUAGCUUGAGAAAGAUGUUCGUGUUUAGUAUGAAAUUAGUCUUGGCUUUGAAACGUGCAGCUAUCAGCUUCUGAUAUUUGCUCACUGAACAGAUGAACUUGCUAAGUGGCUGAAAUAUGUUAAUAUAUUCUGAGUCCACCCAGUGCCAUACGUAAUGAUUUUAUGCUUGAUUCCUGAAGUAGCAGCAGUUCUACGUGACUACAAGGAUUUGAGGAGUACAAGUUGUCAGGCAUAUUUGCAGUCAGGAUUAUGCUGCUGACUCGACAACCAGCUAAGUAAAUAAGGAUCUCUGGCAAAUCUUAUAUUCUGGUGUAAUCUUGUUAUGCACGAUGGUGGUAUUAGAGAAUAUUAGAGAGAAAUGAUCAGCCAAUUUACAGAGAUGAGAGAGAAUAUGUUUUUGGUUUAAUCCAGUAAUUGUCCCCCAUGAGUCCCCAUGAGAUUCAGAAGAGGGUGCUGUAAGAGGUUAUUGUCUGUUCAUCCACGAUUUUUUUAUCACAGUUGCCUCAAAUGCGUGGUUUGUACUUUGCCACCUGCUCCAUCCCCUGGUCUCUGCUUGGGCUCCUGUAUGAGAUCAGCAUUUCUCAACCUCAGAAAAAUUAAGAUAAAGAACUGUACAGUCCUUAAAGCCCAUAUUUUCUUGUAUUACAGGUCUCUGGCAGUUUUACUCCUCAGUGGAAGUUACUUUGUCUAUGCCAUAGAUCUCUUUUUUAAGUUCUGAGGUAGGAUGAGGCGAUGAGUAUAAGGCAAAUUAAAGAGUUUUGGUCCAGAAGACUUAGAAUUAUUGAAGCCUCUUCACUUAGAUUGGUUUAACUCUGUACACUUGCACGUACAAAGUUACUCCAACAGAAGGCUUUUUGGCAGCUGCGUCUCCAUUGUUUAGAAAAGAGCGUAAGCAAAACUAAAGAGAAACCACUGGGAUAUCACGCUAAGAGCAGCACAUUUGGUUAUUAAUUUGGGUUUGAUCUUUGGCGGACUGCCUGUCGCUAUUCCACGGACUGCUGAAAGGCAGUUGUGGGAGGUCAGGCUCCCGAGGUUGGAAUUAGCUGAGGAUGAUUGGCUGCCAUCAUGUCUGGACAGUGGUGAGCCGCGUACCUUAAUCCUGGUUAUCUCAUCGUAUAAAAGUACAAUUACCAAAUGAUGUACACAGAGUGCAUAUGUAGAGUGAGGGUUGUGUGCAGAGGAAAAAAAACCAUGGCUCUAGGACUUGAACCUUUCCCAUCCAGGUGUUUAGAGAGAUUGUCUCACCAUGGUUUAACCAACCCAUUAAUGGUUUAGCCAGACAGCAGCAAUCAUGUGCUUUCUGUUUGGGAAACCAGGAAAGCCACAGAUAGGAUUUCUAGGAGAAGCAACAGUUUGGUGAAGGAAAGGUUGAAUGCCCGAGAGGCUUGAAGAGACCUCAGGUCAUCUGUGUGACCGUUUUCAGUGUCGAAACGGACUGAGAGACCUUUUCAGGGUGUCACUUCUGGGAACGCGCUCUGACAGCGUAGAGCUGGGCAAGACCCAGGGUCCUACAGCCAGAACUGUUCACAGCUGACUUAGGUGCGAUACAAAGAUGUGCUGCCUUCUCUUACAUGUUCCUACAGGCUCUGCAACUCUGCUUGUUUUAGAUUUGGUAAUCAAAGUUAUGUAUUUGCAUUUAACUUAACCUGGCUUUUAUUAAGAGAGAGCACAAGGUAACUGACUGUAUCAUCGAGCUUUCCAUCCCUCCGGAAGGGUAGUCCUUCAAGCUGUGUUGCUUCACAUACAGGGGUGACCAGCCCCUUCAGCUGCGUGUUCUGCAGGACACUCAAGGGGUGACAAAACAUUUCCAUUUUGUCUUUUCUUAGGACUGGUAACGUCAGGCUGUGAGAAAGAGGCAAGCAGUGGUUGCCUCAAAAGCUCUGUGGCACGUACAGAGCUGAUGGGAAGAGUGUCUGGACCAGAGGGAUCCCAGAAGGGCACUUAACGGACAUGUUCUGAGGGCGUUUUCCCCUUUCUUUAAAAGAAAAAUAUUUAGUCAUAUUCAUGAAAACAAAAACUACCUCAGCUUCUGGAAGCAAGUAGAAAUCUCGUGGGAAUAAGUUAUCCACAUGUGUGGCUUUGCACAUAAAUAAACAGCUAUUAUUUUUGAAUGCAGUGUGUGUGCCUGGAAUAAUGUGGAAAGAAAGAGAGGGAUUUUACCCUAACGAGCUUAGAAAUGCAGACUUCUGAAAAGAUUUAAGAAGGGGUAGCUGUCAAGUAAGCAGUAACCCAAACAAUACAUGGGCUGAAUGAAAAUUUGGCAUAAUGCUGCCUGUGUGUCUCCAGCUCCAAAUACUGAGCAAGUAGCUUAGUUGAGAAGAACUCUGUAAGGAGUCGUUUGGGGGACAAGUAAGAAAGGAACUGUCAGUAAGAUGUCCUGAAGACAAUGAGUGGCAGAGUUUCAGAAAAUUGUGCCUGUAUAAAUCAUCAGGGAGGAGGUUUGGAUGCAGCAUUGUGGAGGAGGUAGGAGUAAAUGAUAAAAAACAGGGAGUAAGAAGCAGCAAAAGCCUACGUAUCGGCCUUUCAAAGUGAAGGUGAGGAGCUGGGGCUCAUACUGUGUUGCUUGCCAGCUGUCUCAAGUCAGCAUUUAGUAUAAAUGUGCAGCACGAGUAAGCUUUCUCUGUCUCGUCUAUGACUACAUCUAAUGGGAAAAUUCUUUGUGCACACUGAAAUUUAUCUCGGUGAAGAUGACAUCUGCCUGAUAACUGUGUGUUUAUUGCAGGUGUACAGGUGGGAUGACCACUCUAGCCUAGUUCUUCAGAGCCUGAAUGAGCAGAGGCACCGAGGCCUCUUCUGUGACAUUGUCCUCGUGGUGGAUGAGCAGCGGGUCCCAGCCCAUCGGAACCUCCUUGCUGUUUGCAGUGACUACUUCAACUCUAUGUUCACCAUUGGUAUGCGAGAAGCCCACCAAAAAGAGGUUGAACUUUUUGGAGCCUCUUACAUUGGUCUCAAGGCUGUGGUGGAUUUCCUUUAUGGCAGCGAGCUGUCUUUAGAUGGAGGCAAUAUCGACUACGUGCUCGAAACGGCUCACCUGCUGCAGAUCUGGAAGGUGGUCGACUUCUGUUGUGAGUAUCUGGAGAAUGAAGUGAGCGAGGAGAACUAUUUGUACCUGCAAGAGCUAGCCUCUAUUUACAACCUGAAGCGCCUUGACUCCUACAUUGAUUCUUUCAUCCUGCAGAACUUUGGCACGCUGUCCUUCACCCCAGACUUCCUGCAGAACAUUUCCUUGCAGAAGUUGUGCCAAUACCUGGACAGCAGCAACGUGCAGCAGGAGUGUGAGCACGACUUGCUGCAGGCUGCAUUGCAGUGGCUCACCCAGUACCCGGAAAGGGAGAACGAGGCUUACCAGGUUCUGGAUAACAUUCACUUUCCCUUGAUACCUAAAAGCGAUCUCCUCCAUCGAGUCAAGCCUGCUGUCUGCUCUCUUCUUCCCAAAGAAGCAAACUGUGAGGGGUUUAUAGAGGAGGCGGUGAACUAUCAUAACAACGUCACGGCUCAGCCAGUGCUGCAAAACAAGCGGACGGCCCUGCGGACCUGCGAGGAGAGGCUCCUCUUUGUGGGAGGGGAGGUUUCCGAACGGUGCCUGGAACUGAGCGAUGAUACCUGCUUCUUGGACACCAGGAAGGGGCAGUGGGUAGCAGAGACCCCUCUCCCAGCCAGACGAAGUCACCACUGUGUUGCAGUCUUGGGAGGCUUCAUCUUCAUAGCCGGAGGCAGCUUUUCAAGAGACAAUGGAGGGGAUGCAGCUUCAAAUCUCCUAUAUAGGUAUGAUCCCCGCUGUAACCAGUGGAUAAAGGUUGCCUCCAUGAGACAACGCCGUGUAGAUUUCUACCUGGGAGCUAUUACCGACAUGCUGGUAGCUGUUGGUGGCAGGAAUGAAAAUGGGGCUCUUUCUUCAGUUGAGACCUACAGUCCUCAGAAAGAUUCAUGGUCCUAUAUCGCAGGCUUGCCCAGGUUCACCUAUGGCCAUGCUGGAACAGUCUACAAGGAAUUUGUGUACAUUUCAGGAGGCCACGAUUACCAAAUUGGCCCCUAUAGAAAAAACCUGCUGUGUUAUGAUUACCGCACAGAUGUCUGGGAGGAGAAGAGGCCGAUGAUCACUGCUCGAGGGUGGCACAGCAUGUGCACCUUACAGGACAGUAUCUACUCCAUCGGUGGCAGCGAUGACAACAUAGAAACCAUGGCUCGUUUUGACAUUCUGAGUGUGGAGUCGUACAGCCCUCAGUGUAACCAGUGGACCAGAGUUGCUCCUCUGUUGCAAGCAAACAGUGAGUCAGGGGUGGCAGUUUGGGAAGGCAAGAUUUAUAUCCUCGGAGGCUACAGCUGGGAGGAAACGGUCUUCUCCAAAACAGUCCAGGUUUAUGAUAAGGAGAAAAAUAAGUGGUACAAAGGAACUGACUUACCCAAAGCAAUUGCCGGUGUGUCUGCAUGUGUCUGUGCAUUGAAACCCAAAACAGAGGACAAAAAGAAAAAAACAAAAACAAAAAAACAUCAGGAUAGAGGAAGAUGACUACUUCUGGAUAACCACCCUUUAAUCAUUUCUAUCUACCCUUGAUUCUUUUUCUUUUUAAAUGGGGACACACACACACGUCUUCUGAAGCCUCAGAGAACAUACAGUUGAAUGUGUUUUUUUGAUUAAGCUCAUGUUUAAGGUAAAAACAACAAAAGAAACCAAAAAAACCCCCAACCUCCUACCAUAUAGGGGGGUGAUAUAGCAAGAGAGGUUAUGCUGCUCUCCUGGAUGUUAAGGCUUAGUCUUUUACUUCUGUGGUACAUGGCAUUUCCACAUACAUAGUAUUCUGUCAACGUUUUUUAAGUAAGGUUGAAUCUGUGGCUGAGAUGAUAAUGUCGGGGGGGAGGGAGGCAGGGGAGUAAGUGAAGUUACAGGGCAGUUCAAAGGAGUUCAGAAGCAACUGCUUAAAAAAACCCCAAAGAACCAGGUCUUUGAUUUUGUAAAUCUUGAAUUUUUGUAACAUUGAAUAUAAUUUACAAUACAUUCUUGAGUUGUUAGUAUCAGAUUUCUGGAACACCAGUGUUCAAAGAGAAUACUGGUUUUGGUGAAUGCAGGUCCGGAUCAGCUCAAAGAGCAAAUAACUCCACUGUACUCUUAAGACGAAGAAGACUUUACUGUGUGGCUAAAUAAUCGAUGGGGUUUACUCGGGCUUGGAUUGAUACCAUUGUGAACUUUGAAAUCUGGGAAGUGCGAUGACUUUUGCAGCCCUUGUUGUGGCACUUUGCAUAUCUAAACACAACAAGUUUUCUUGGGCUUUAAAACAUGUCAGAGAAUGAGGGGGGAAAAAAAAUUGGUCGAAGAACUUGAAGGAAGAUUCGAGGAUUUGGAGGGAAACUGCACGAUUUGCCUUGGGUUUCAAAGCAGGUGAAACUGAUAGAGCUCACUGCGAGUUUGGGGUUUGCUGAAUAGCGUAAUGUUGGGGAGAAAUGGCAGGGAUCCUUCAGGUGAACUUGAAGCAAGAUGAAGUCCCUUCCCAGCCCUACCAGGCUGUAGAACCUGGGAUCCACUUCAUUUAACUCAAGCCUCACCAUGGUCAUGGCCCAUACUAGAUUUGUCUGCUGUCAAAAACAGAGGAUGAUUAACUGGGGUUCGGUAAACCUCAAGAACACAACUUGUUUUUUUGCCUGAGCUAAUAGCUCACAUCUUCUUUUUUUUUUUGUUAGUAUUUUUUUCCCCCAAGUUCAAAAUGUCUUUGCAUGAGCGUAGCCUUUUCUGAUGGGUUUGGGUGAGGACUUAAAGCCGUGGCUCAUCAGGCAUGCAACCAAACACCUUCCCCAGCAAGACAGGCCCAAAAUACGCUGAGGGACUGUGUCUGGGAUCCAGACAGUGGGACUGAACUGAAAAUCGUCUGUUAGAUCCUCUGUGUCACGCUCUCCUAUGCAUACCAAGUAAAGAGAUUUCCAGCCCAAGUGUUAGUCCACCCUCUACAAACACAGCUGAUUCUGGUGCAGAUAUUAAAAUUCCCCGACUGUCUGGCCAGCUUUCAGGCAUUCACCCUGGGGCAUUUUACAAAUGCACCUCUGAUUUGCAAGAAGUCGAUCACCAGCAAUCUGAUACAACCAUUUCAGUUAUUGUAGUAAUGCCAGGCCACAGAUUAAUAUUCCUCCUUCCCAAAAGAAGAAAUUUUUAGAAAGUUUUUAAAAACAACUUUUAUACUUUUUUAUAACAUAUUUUGCUAACUCAGUCUCUUGUUUGCCAUGUAUUAUUUACUGUAGAUGCUACUGCUCUGUAAUCGUGACCCGUUGUUGCUGUCAGGGGCUCACGAUCUGGUGGAUCUUUUCGUCUCUGUGUGGUUGGUGGGGAUGCGCUGCAGCUGUUGGGGCAGCAUUUACGUUGCCAGCAUUGUCAGGCAGGCAGCUAUCAUUGUGACUAUUGUACGGCCGCUUGGCCGGCUCGCCAGACAUGCUACUAAACACGCUUUAUUUUCAGCUAUUGGUGAUCUGCUGAGUGGAUUUCAAGGGCUUUGGUGUAAAGUUCUGCUGGGGAACUGUUGGUUGUUGCUGUUAUUUCUUCCUCAGUCCUUCUUUAACAUCUCCCUUGUGCACCGUAACCGUCUAUUUCAGAUUUGCCUUUUUUUUUUUUUUUUUCCUGUCUGGUGUACGUACAGUUGAUACCCAGCUACCCUUUUUUUUUUUUUUUUUUUUUUUUUUUUUCAUUUUUAUUCCCCAACUAUUUACGUCAGUAAUUAGCAAACACUAAGAAAACAUUUUCGCACUUAAUUUCAUUUGAAGCUCUUGCAAAUUAAAGAAUGCUUAGAUAUAUUGUAAGAACAUAUUUGUAUUGAAAGAGGUACCUCUGAAUAAAUUUCUGGAGUGCAAGAAAGUUACAGGUUUCUUCUUUAGUCCCAAGAAGGGAUUCAAGAAACUAGUUGAAAUUAAUUUUGUUAAGCUCCUUGAGGUUUUUUUGGUUGUUUUGUUUUUUGUUUUUUGUUUUUUUAAAAAAAAAAAAGCCCCAGGAGUAAGUCUUUCAUUUGCAUUAACAGAUUUAUUUUAAAGCCUUUGUACACUGCAUGAAGUAAUGGUUAUUCUUUUUUUUAUCCUAAAAAUAAAUUAAAAAAAAAAAAACAAACACUACAAAACAAAACCAAAACAAUCAUUUUGGUUAUGGCAAACUCAUUAAUGAGAUGUUUGGGGGGUUUUUAUAUCUGAAAUCCUUGCUAUAUUGACUAACAACUACUUAACUUUCUGGGACAUUUUCAUGUGUAAGUAUAGGACAAAGAUUUCAAAGACUUGCUUUGUUUCUGUUAAUGGGUUGCCUGUUACUAUAUCCCUCUUUUAAUGUGUUUAUGUAUUACAUUAAUGUCUGGAAAAAAUAAAUCCAGUUUAGAAUAUUGUA